AGAUACACCGGGAGUCGUCGAGUAUUUCUCCAUGUCACAGUAUGAGGGAUUGUGACGAGCAGCCAUUCUGUAUGUCUAUGCAAAUGCACACGGUGUUUGCCUCUCUGGAUGCUUCUGUCGAUACAUCUUUGUUACCUGAGACAUCACAAAACAGUUAUGCGCCUCGGUCUGAAGUAUCUUAAAUAGCGUGGUAAAGAGUCGUCGCAUGCAUUUGAGUAUUCCGAUUGCUGGUUGCGUCUCCUUCUCUUCCCUCCGGCCUUUCCUCUCCUUCGCGCUGCCACGAUGUCUUUGUGCGCGGCUUCUCUCCACUCUGACUUCCGACCGCCUGCCUCUGUUGUUCUUUCUGUGCUCGAACACAAGAGUUGUGGUGCUGUAAAUGGAUGCGAAUUGAAGAGUUUUUCUUCUUCAAUUUUACUCUUUGCCCUUGCCCGCACAAGUACGGCCACAAACGCUUCGUCUCUGAUGUAGCGUCGAAACGAUCCUUGGCAUUACACUUCACAUCUUCCGGCGCCCGUGGCUUCGAUACUCGUCAGGCUUUUUCUGUCUCUCUUUCCUGUGUUUUUCAGCGUCACGCAAUCUGUGAGGCUCCUCGCUUCCUUCGCCUUCUCUCCAGGGAGUGCUCCACCUUUUAGCCAUAUGGAGGCAGGCGCGAUGGGGGGCUCUUCGUUCCUCAGUUUCUCCUCAGGUCCUUCCGCAGAAACCUCGCCGAGCUCGCUCUCUCCUCCGACCUCUUCUUCUCCGUCCCCGUCUCCUCAACUGGUUUCUGAUUCGGUAGAGUCGCUGCAUGCUAAGCGGCCGCUUGCACAGUCGUCGCGGUCUUCCUCUCGGACAGCUGCGUCGACAUGUUUCUGCUGGCAAGGAGAGGGUCAGGAGAACGAGGCGGCUCCGACGAUAUCCCAGGAGGAAAGAAGGGGAGGGUCAAUGACUGCUGCGUCAGCAGGUCAUCUGGAAACUGCGAGAGAAGAAGCGGCAAGGUGUUUAGGAUGUUCGUACACCGGAGAGGAGCGUCGGGGCGCGAGUUCCGCGACGUCUGUCUUGUCUCUUGGAGGCGAGCGAGGACGUCCUCCGUCUCGGAGUUCAUCUCUCUGGACAUUUUCAGGUCUUCUCUCUCCUCUCGCGUUCAGGUCGCGUCGCUGUUGUCCUCAAUUUUCCUCUUCUUCGUCUCCCUUGUCUCCCCUCCCCCAUCCGCGUGGAGCUCCUGCGUCUGCUUGCGGGUCCGCAGUAAUAACAGACCGUGCGGGGAGGCCGGCUUCGCCGCUGUCUUUUUCUCGUCUAGCUUCGCCCGUGAGUGAUCCUUCGGGUGUAUGUCCACCGCGUGUGGUCGCGGCGCGCGUUUGGCGUCUCCUAUCUUCCGUUCUCUUCUCUCUCGUCAACUGCGCGCGUCUGUUUCCCCGGCGCCUUUCUCGACGUCCCGACCCGUUGAGGAAACCGCGUGCUCAGGUCUGGAGCGCGUCUUCUCGCUCACUUCAGGCUCUGCUCCUCGCGACUGUCGCUCUCUUCGCUGCCUGUUCCUCUCUCCACGGCUCUUCUCUCCUUGGCGCCCAAGCCGCGUCUCCGACGCCGCCCUUCCUCUCUCUUUCUUCGUCGCCUCGGUCUCUCGCAAGCGACUCAGCGAAGAAAGGAUCCAACGCUCCCGAGCAGAGCAGGGAACAGAGAGGAGAGCGCGAGGGAGAACGUCAGCGUCCUGACAAGGGAGAAGAAAACGGAGAGACGGAAGAGACAUUUCCGGCAGCGUCAGGAGUCGUCCCCGCCCCUGGACUGAAGGUCGCCGAUCUGCCCAGAACAGGACCCCCAGUAGAUCUCCUCGGACUGCCAAUUAGAAAAAAAGUUUUCAGAGCUCGACUGUACGGCAGCAUGUUCAGCUACGCUUAUUAUUUCCUCGACAUUCUCGUGGGGACCCCGCCGCAACGUGCGUCUGUCAUUCUUGACACCGGAAGUUCUCUCCUCGCCUUCCCAUGCGCCGGCUGCAGCGAGUGUGGGCAGCACUUGGACCCGGCGAUGGACACGAGCCGAAGCGCGACGGGCGAGUGGAUCGACUGCAAAGAGCAAGAAAGAUGCUUCGGCUCUUGCAGCGGAGGCACCCCGCUCGGAGGCUUGGGAGGCGGCGGCGUCAGCAGCAUGCGCAGGUGUAUGUACACGCAAACGUACAGCGAGGGCAGUGCGAUUCGCGGCAUCUACUUCUCGGACGUCGUUGCCCUUGGCGAAGUCGAGCAAAAGAAUCCCCCCGUCCGAUACGACUUUGUCGGGUGUCACACACAAGAAACGAACUUGUUUGUCACGCAGAAGGCCGCAGGCAUUUUCGGAAUUUCUUUUCCUAAGGGUCACCGACAGCCGACGCUGCUGGACGUGAUGUUCGGCCAUACAAACCUCGUCGACAAGAAGAUGUUUUCCGUCUGCAUCUCAGAGGACGGAGGGCUGCUGACAGUUGGAGGCUACGAACCUACGCUGCUGGUAGCGCCUCCGGAGUCCGAGUCGACUCCUGCGACGGAAGCGCUGAGACCUGUCGCAGGAGAAAGCGCGUCGAGAAGGAUUUCUGAAAAGACUUCGCCUCACCAUGCGGCGCUCCUCACCUGGACAAGCAUCAUUUCACACUCCACCUACCGCGUUCCUCUUUCCGGGAUGGAGGUCGAGGGUCUUGUGCUGGGAAGCGGCGUUGACGACUUUGGAAACACCAUGGUUGACUCUGGAACGACGUAUUCGUAUUUCCCGCCGGCAGUGUUCUCGCGGUGGCGUUCGUUUCUAAGUCGUUUUUGUACGCCGGAGUUGUUCUGCGAGAGAGAGCGCGAUGGUCGCCCGUGCUGGCGAGUGUCGCCAGGGACGGAUUUGAGUUCGAUAUUCCCUCCGAUCAAAGUCUCUUUUGGCGACGAAAAAAACUCGCAAGUCUGGUGGUGGCCAGAAGGCUACUUGUACCGGCGAACGGGAGGAUAUUUCUGUGACGGGCUCGACGACAACAAAGUCAGCGCCAGCGUCUUGGGACUUUCCUUCUUCAAAAACAAACAAGUGCUCUUCGACCGAGAGCAAGACCGCGUCGGCUUCGCCGCUGCCAAGUGUCCUUCCUUCUUCCUCGAUCAGAGGCCGCGGGGGCCGGACUCAGGCGAUGGACCGAAGGGGAGACCGACCGCGCCUUUUACUGUGCCUCCUUUACGUGUGCCGGUGCCCAUGGACGGCGGCGGAGUUCCGGGGGACGCGAAGCAGCCAGAAGGUCUGCCAUUAUCCCCUCAACAGCUGUGGGUGGCGGCAGCGCUGGUUGUCGUAGCGAUCCUGAUCGCCGUCACUGUCAUUCUCCUUCACACCAUCAAACGGCCCUCCAGGAGCUCUGCUGUCGUCCCUGCGCCCUCGGCGCCUCGCCUGCCUUUUGCCCAGAAUUCAAAGUCUGCGGGCCGCUUCGCGCGCGGACUCGGACACGGCGCGCUGGGGGUCGGGAACCCGGUGUAUGUACAGCGCACGCAGAGGUACCGCGAGGUGCAGGAGGCGCAGCCUCACACUGCAGACGCGUACUACGACGUUGAGGAAGACCGAUUCACUGGAGAAGACGAUGGAGACUUCUUUGGGGACGACUCGGUUCCCUCUGCUGAGGAACAGGAGACAGCGCCUUCGCUGUCUCUUCGAGAAGAAAGCUCGCCGUUCUCGGCGUCUCAAUCGACUCUUCUGGAUCUGCCUCUUGGCGGAGAGUAGGCCGAGCGCGCCGAUCCGUUUAUCCCAAAAACGAAUGGUUGAACGAAUAUGGUGCAGAAUAGGAAAGGCCUCGGCGCCUGCGACUCUUUAGCGUAGCCUGCGCUUCUGUAGCGACUUCUAUGCGUGCGCCAGUGUCUUUCGCACUUGGAGGAAAAAGAGCGAAAAGAAGCAGCGCAGCCGUGAAAAGAUACUCCACAGAGACGCAGGAGAGAAGACUGUGCAGCGACUGAGUCGAGGACUCAGGUGGAAAAGGCGUUCGCGUAGGAAGAAAGGGAAGCGACCGCAGCGCCUCGCUACUGCGAAGCAUUUGAGUGUACAUCCACUUGCCGUAGCCCCGCCGUUGGCGCAUAGGCGGUUGUGGAAAGCCGACGGCUCACGGAUGGGCGCAUUUGUAGCACCGGGAACUCGCAUGUGCAUAGCAUCGCACACGACGGCGAAGAGCCGGGAAUUUGUCAGCGUUUGUGUGCGGGCAAUAGACGAUUUCGUGUAGAAAUGUGGAGUCGCCACACAGAUAUGCACCCGUACCUUUGUGCAGGGUAGGAGGAAGUGUGAGGCGUCCACUUUCGCGCUUCACUCACGCCGCUCUGCACAGCCACGUGCGCCAUUCCAGAUGUCGCGAGUAGUAGGGAACGAAUCAAGAAGAGGAUAAGUCCUUGGUCUUGUUCGUGAAGACGGUGGCGUAUUCGGAUAGCGCGCUUGGUGGUCCCGGCGGACUUUUAGGUGUGUGCAUUCGGAACUGCGUUUCUUGCGGAUCUGUCGAUACGCAUGUGUAGAGGAAGGCGCAUUUUCUUGUGGCUUUAUCAGCGCAUCAGUUCGUGGAGACGCACAUUUAAACAGGUGUCUCCCGCCGCGAAUCUUCUCCGUCCAGUGUCAUGUGUGUGCGGGAGUGUAGCGAGAUUCGCAUCGUUUGGGGAAACGAAUUUUUCCCGAGUUUUUCUGUAUAUCUCCACAUCGAGGGGCGAAGCUCACCGUCCAAUUCGUUUCUGUGUCUUCCGCUGCAUGCGCGGGGUGCGUGGUGGUAAUUCUUUUCAAGGUUGACUGGGAGGAUGCUUUUCAAGGCGUAUCGCUUGCUGUCUCUCGGAGGCUGUGUCAGUUCCUCUCGAACCUCCCCACGCUGCCAGCAGCUCACCUAGUUCGGUUGCAAGCGCUGGGUCAUGGGGAAAAGAAACAAUAAAGACCCUAUUUUUUAUGUCUGGCGAAUUCAAA